CUUCAUAGGGUUUUGUGCCUUCUCUGCCAUAUUUGUAUGAUUUUUGGUGGAUGCCAACUUUUUGUCUAACGCAUUUCUCAUUCUCACAAGAAGUUUCGUUGUGACAUUGUGACUGUUGCUUUGUUGCCAGGGUAGGGUUAACCUCACCACCAUCUUGCCAGUGCUCAAGUUGACAGAGCUCAUAUUCCUGCAUCAAUAAGCGAUUCGCUGUAGGGUUUUUUUAAUAUAAAUUUAAUUCAAAAUGGGUACAACAAAGAUGGUUUCUUUGUUGAAUCAUUCUUUAAAUGUAACUACAAAAGAUGGACGAACUUUUGUAGGUCAAUUAUUAGCUUUUGACGGCCAUAUGAACUUGGUUCUGAGUGACUGUCUGGAAUAUCGUCACAUCCGUAAACAAAAUAAUCCUUCUAACUCUGUGUACGAGGAAAAACGCAUGCUAGGUCUUGUAAUUCUUCGUGGUGAGUUUAUUGUCUCACUCUCUGUUCAAGGUCCACCACCCAUGGAUCCAUCUAUGAGAGGCGGUUUGCUUAGUGGUCCUGGUGUUGCUCGUCCUGCUGGCAGAGGAAUUCCUCUUGGACAAGCACCUGUUGGUUUAGCUGGCCCUGUUCGCGGAGUUGGUUUCAGCGCUCCUCCUCCUCCAGCUGGUUUUGGACGAGGCGCUCCUCCCCCAGGUUUCCGUCCUGUAUAAAGAUGUCGCAAGCAUAUGGUAUUUUUUUCUUUUGCUAGACAACAGGUACUCGCAAGGAUUAUGUCCAUUUAUCAUCAUCCUUGGAACUACUUUACGUGAAACCUACUCUUCCGGAAUGGCGAGUCGAUCAUUGUAUUUUAAACGGCAGAAGUCUUAUAUGCUCGUCUUCCUCGAUCAUUGUACGAUACUUUAUCUGCUUUUUAGUCCAUGGAUAAUGAUGCUUUCAAUGAUGACUCUUACAUUCUUUAGUGCAUGAUACUAGCGCAGGAAAAAGAAAACCGAUCUUUGAAUCAUUUCUCUUGUACUAUAGAUUAUAUUUACCAAAAAAGAAAAAAAAAAAAAGAAGAAAAUCCCUACGGUUAUACUAGCUUAUGUAAAACAUACUUAUAACUGUUACUCACGGACUGUUCAUGUUAGAGAAUUUAUGUUAACGCAAAUAUCAUCAAUUAUUAUUGAAUAGAAACUUCUAAAACCAAAUUUCCGCUAUAUACAAUGAUUAAUGUAGUUUUAUUUAAUUUAAAUUUUUUUAACCCCAA